AUGGACGGAAGAGGACGUGUCAUCACGAUGCCGGCCGAGUGUGCCGCCAACCCACUGCAGCGGGCCCUUGCCGAUGCCAUCAUUCGUAUGGUACCGAUGGACGAGCUGCGUAUACUGCUAGCCUGUGGUGCCAAAGUCAACGAGCAGGUAACGCAAGGUUUACGGCCAAUGCACUAUGCCGUCUGGCAGAAUAACGAACCAGCCGUGAAUCUGCUGUUGGUACGUAACGCCGAUAUCAAUGCGAUCGACGAGGUUGGAUACAGCGCCCUUCAUCUUGCGGCAGAGCAUGGCUACUACAAUUUGGCCAAAAUAUUACUGAAUGCUGGCUGUAAAGUGGACUACAGAGAGCCGAGCGAUGAUCCCUACCCAAGGACAACAUUGUGCGAUGAACCGCUGCGUUUGGCUCUUCGUAAUCGUCACUAUGACGUAGCUCGCCUUCUGCUGGAACGCGGAGCAGAUCCUAACAAAAGAUACUUCUUUGGAUCCGAAAUCAAUUUGGCUACAGAUGUUGAAAGCUUGGAAUUGUUGCUCACUUUCGGAGCAAACACGGAAGCUCGGGAUCGUUCUGGAAUUACGCCCUUGAUGAGAGCCGUACGCACUAAUGGUAACAUCGAUUCCGUAUUGCUGCUUCUGCAAGCUGGAGCUGAUGUGAAUGCCAUGACUGACGCUAGAAACGACUACCGAACAGUGCUUCAUUAUGCCGUACUAUCAGGAAACGCCUCAUUAGUUACACUGCUCAUCAAGCAAGGUGCCCGUGUAGACAUUCCAGCUCCUUUGCCGGAACCAGAUUCACCUAGUCCGCUGGAUUUGGCAGUAUUACGCGGUGAUCCUGCCUUGGUACGGAUACUGCUGGAGAAUGGAGCUAAUGUACACCGUUGCAGUCCCAUCAUUGGAUCACCACUGCAUGUGGCAUGUGCAGACAAUAUCCCACACAGAGUUGAAAUCAUGAAGAUGCUCUUAUCCUACGGUGCCGAUCCCAAUGUUCGUGUCAUUGGAGAUAUCGCCACUAAUGCCGUUCUGAGACCCGCAUUAGCCGAACUGAUCGCCAGCAACGAAGUAGUAACACCGGAAGAACUACAUCUGCUUCUAAAAUAUGGCGCAAGGGUAAUUCUAAAAACACAAUUCCGUGACCCGGACGGCCUACUAAAUUGUCUCGGCAGUAUGGAUCCCGAAUCCGAAUCGUUUCGAAUCGUCCUGGAUGCUGCCGAAGAAUUCGACCCGUGCAUGAUCCGUCGCAAUCGGGACCUCAACGACCGGCAACGUGAGCUGCUGCUAGAGCGUGCCACCACUCCAAUUCCGCUGAAGUCGCGACUACGGGCCCACUUCAGAAGGAUGUUUGGACGCAAUCUGCCCGAGUUUGUACCCAGCCUGUUCAUCCCCAGGGAGCUACAGAGCUAUCUGCUUUAUGAGCAUAGUUUUUGA